CCUCCCAAAGUGCUUGGAUUACAAACAUGAGCCACCAUACCCAGUCCUACAACCACUUUCUUAAGACAAAUUCUCUACCAAAGCCAUAAAUACUCCAAGAAGAACAUCAAAAAAAAAUUCUAGCCACCAAUGGCAAAAUAAGAGUCCUGUGAGAGUAGUUUCCAGGCUCGCGAAAGGGAGGACCCUGUUUGAGUCAUGGAUUUUGAGAAUCUUUUCUCAAAACCCCCCAACCCGGCCCUCGGCAAAACGGCCACGGAUUCUGACGAAAGAUGGGAAAACUGAGAAGCACGGAGAGGCUAAAUAACCUGCCGAGAUUGCACAGUAAUCGUUGAUGAAGUAGAUGUUGCAGGAGUUGAAGAAACACAAGAAGAGAAAUCUAAACAGGAGUGCGAGCAAAUUUCCAAAAAAUUCAGACACUUUGGAAACUCUACAAUAUCACCAAAAAGUUCGCUGCAUAGGAAAUCAAGAAGUAAGGACUAUGAUGUAUAUAGUGAUAAGGAUAUCUGCAAUCAGGAACCAGAAGAUAAUUUUGCCAAAGAGCUUCAGCAAUAUAUACAAGCCAGAGAAAUGGCAAAUGCUGCUCAACCUGAAGAAUCUAUGAAGAAAGAAGGAGUAAAAAAUGCCCCACAGGCUGCUAAACAAAAAAAUAAAAAUCUUAAAGCUGGUCACAAAAAUGGCAAACAGAAGAAAAUGAAGCGAAAAUGGCCUGGCACUGGAAACAAAGGAUCAAAUUCACAGGAAGAGGAUGGUAAACCUAAAGAGAAGCAGCAGCAUUUGAGUCAGGCAUUCAUCAAUCAACAUACAGUGGAACGCAAAGGAAAACAAAUUUGUAAAUAUUUUCUUGAAAGAAAAUGUAUUAAGGGAGACCAGUGUAAAUCUGAUCAUGAUGCAGAGAUAGAGAAGAAAAAGGAAAUGUGUAAGUUUUAUGUACAAGGAUAUUGUACCAGAGGUGAAAACUGUCUGUAUUUGCAUAAUGAAUAUCCUUGUAAGUUUUACCAUACAGGCACAAAAUGUUAUCAGGGAGAAUAUUGCAAGUUUUCUCAUGCUCCAUUGACUCCUGAAACACAAGAAUUAUUGGCUAAAGUUUUGGAUACUGAAAAGACAUCAUGUAAAUAAAAUAGACAUAAAAAGAAUCUACAGAUGACAA